AUGCAACUGUUGUCUAAUGCAUAUCGUGCAUGUCAGCAGCAGCAGCAGCAACAGCAGCAGGGUGUGUCUGAUCCAGCAGCAGCAGCAGCUGCUGCUGCUGCUACUGCUGCUGCUGCUGCUGCUCUGCCAGCAAGGCCGCAGACGGCUCUUGAUCUUGCAGCACUUUGGCUGCUGUCAGCUCAGACAGAGCUGCAGCAGCAACAGCAGCAGCAGCAGCUGCAGCAGCAGCAGCAGGAGGAUGUAGCAGCAAAAGCUCGUACAUCUUUGCUGCUGCAGCAGCUAACUAACCAAGAUCCAUCUGCUGCUCUAUUAAAACUUCUGAGUACGGGAGAAAGAGAUGCCUAUACAGCUGCUGCUGCUGCAGAUUCAGCAGCAGCAGCUGCAGCAGCAGCAGCAGCAGCAGCAGCAACACAGCCACUUGUUUUACCCUCCAAGGUUCCUCUGGGAUCGUCCUUGGGAUCGUUAAAGGCGUCACAAGGUCUCUCUCCUGCUGCUGCUGCUGCUGCAGCAGCAGCAGCAGCAGCAGGUGCACCUUUAUGUGGUAUCCCUGCUUCUCCAUCAGCAGCAGCAGCAGCAGCAGCAACAGGUGGGUCUAUAUGUAAGGGAGAAAUCGAUACAGGGCUCAAUUUGAAGGCAGCAGCAGCAGCAGCAGCAGCAGCAGCAGGAGGGAAGGGGACAGAUUUGCUGCUAGCAGAUUUACUAGCUGCAGUAGAGCAGCAGCAGUUACUGCUGCAGCAUCAACUACAGCAGCAGCAGCAACAACAACAUCAGCAGCAGCAGCAACACCAGCAACAGCAACACCAGCAGCAGCAGCAGCAGCAGCAGCAGCAAUUGCUGCAGGCGUCCCCACAAGAAGACCUUGUUAGUACAUUAGAGUCUUUGUUAGAUUUAGUUGAUGGCGUAAAAAAGGAAGAAACAUCUUUGCUGUCAAUAGACACAACAACAGGGCUGCUGCAGCAGCAGCAGCAGCAGCAGCAGCAGCAGCAGCAGCAGCAACUGCAGCAGCAGCAACUGCAGCAGCAGCAGCAGCAGCAGCAGAGUUCGCUGCCGUGUGCUGCAACAGGAGAUAUUCAAGGGAAUAUAAAAGAGAAAGAAUUCUCUGCUUCUUUGCUGCGUCUGCUGCAGGGGCAGCAGACAGCAGCAGAAGCUGCUGCUGCUCCUGCUGCAGUUAAUGCUGCUGCACCUCCUAUAGGUGCAGCAGCAACAACAACAACUGCAAUAGCAGCAACUGCAGCAGCAGCAGCAGCAACUGCAGCAAAUAAUUGCGCAGCAGCAAGGACACCCACUGACACACUAAGCGCGUCACGUCUGUUAGAUAAGCCUCAAAGUAGGCACCCAGGUGCUGCAGACAGUAGCAGCAGCAGCAGCAGCUGCAGCAGCAGCUGCAGCAGCAGCUGCAGCAGCAGCAGCAGCAGCAGCAGCAGCAGCAAAUUGUCAGAGGCAGUACCUGCUGGUGCUGCUGCUGCUGCUGCUGCUGCUGCUUCUGUGGGAGGAAGUGCGGUGUCUUCGCCUGAAAUAUGUAUUCUGCCUGAGGCAGCAGCAGCAGCAGCAGCAGCAGGUGCUGCUGCUGCUUCUUCUGUUGCUGCUGUAGAUGCAGCAGCCAGUACUGCAACAGCAGCAGCAGCAGCAGCAGCAGCAGCAGCAGUAGCAGCAGCAGCAGGAGAUAGCGAGAACAUUUUGUUGUGUUGA